GAUCAAGAUGUUUCGGAAGUAAUCUUCAAAUGGAUCAAAGUUAUGUCAUCGCGAUCGCACUCCAACAACAAUGCACAAGUUGUUUACUAUAAUCUGGAACUAACCAAACGCUACACUCUGUCCUUUCAAAACAAUGUAAUAUUUCAUCUAAUAUUAUCAGUUGUUCCUGUUUUAGCUGUAACUUCGCUCACGUUAGCAAAGUUAGGUUAGCUUUUCUGUGUGUGGACUCAGCUGGCUGGAGCUGGUCUGACAGCUCGAAGGAAUUAGUUUUACUUGCUGAUCCGGUAUAGAAAACAGGUUGAACUUUAUACACACUUCGAUUCACUCAACUUUGAAGGAGGUUUUUCUUUUUAAAGCUAAAGCCGACGUACCUACCUGAGCGAAGUAACAUUAGCAUUACCCUGUUAGCACGACAGACGUUCCCAACGGCUGGAGGAGGUGUAGGUAAACAAGGAGUUAGUAGUCGGGGUGUAAACUGGUGAACGCCUGUCUCUCUUUCUUUCUCUGUCUGUCUGUCUGUCUGUCUGCCUGUACGGACGCUGGCUCCGGCUGCUAUGUGGCAGGAGAGGAGGAGGAGGAGGAGCAGGAGGGGUGUUGUUGGAGGAGGUGGUGGUGUUGGUGGUGCAGUACAACAGCAUGAUUGUUCCCUUCUACUUCAGCUUCUCCUUCAGUCCUGGACCUGGGUUUAGAGCCAGCCCUGUGCGUGUAUUUCGCAGGUAGUUUUUGCUUUUCUUACAUUAUUUAUCUGUGUUUUUAUCCGCGUGUUUAGUUCAGUGAGUUUGUGAAGUCAACAAGUGUUAAAAUGUCAGGAUUUCACCGCCUGUGCUGUCUCCUGCUGUAGCUGAAAUGUCAUUCAUUCCUUAUGGUGGGGGUGUUCAGCUUUGUAGGUGUUUUUCUGCACUAGAUUUCAACACAGAGUAAUUUGUACUUAGUUUUGCUUGUCAUAUGUCUUCUAUUUUGUUGAGAAAAGAAGAAUAAGAGCAGUAUGGAAAUAUAGUUGGUAUGUAAAUAUACCAAUGAGCCAUAACAUUAGCACCUGGGCCAUCUAAUGUAAUCCAGUAGGGGAGAGUGGGGUAAGUUGAGCCAAAGGAUAAGUUGAGCCACUCCCUGUUGCCUAGAAAGGUUAAAGGAAAUUGAUCAUGUGACCAAAUAUUUAGGAGAUGGGCAUCAAUUCAUGGAGUCUGUGAAGGUUUGAAGCUCAUGGGUGAAGGGGUUAGACAUUUAUUUACAAAGAAAAACAUUCUUCACUCUUAAAAGUGAAUUAAGUCUGUCAUAAGUUUUAUUAGAAUUGUGUUCAGACCAAAAAAGAUCAUUUUAAAUUUGUUUUAUACAUCAAUUGUAGUAUCUCUAGGUCAAUAACUUAGCAUAGAAGCCCACCAUUUGAGCUUAGAGGACUAAUAAAAUCAUAAUAGUUGUUCUGGGGUAACUUUCUCGACUGAGAAAGUAAAGAAGUCUGAUGAAAGGAUCAGAGUUUCAGUUCAGAUUGUUGAAAUGUUUGACUUUUUCUUCUCAAAAAUACAGCUGUGAAUGUUCUGAAUCACUUAAAGACAUUCUCAUGUUAAAAUGACUUUUUAUAAAACAGCUUUUUAGCAGUUAUAUACAAUAAUAAUAAGAUGAAUUAUUGUACCAGUUGGAUAGUGUAUAACAGAUAAAAAUACACAUUAAUGUGACAAAGUGACUGUUUUUUAGGGAGAGAGAAGGUGAGGGAGGGCUGGGAUGCAGAGUCAGGGGGUAGUAGGGAUACGGCUCAACUUACCCUGCUCCUGGUCAACUUACCCCAUACAUGGGAGCAUAGGAGCAUAAUGUUAUGGGUAGUCGGUGUAUGUCAACCUGUCAGCAGUCAACAGCAUCUCUAAGAGAAAGUAAAUUAACUCUUAACAUUGGUAUUUACAGUUCAAGAUAGUAAUUUGUUUUCCCAUGUCAGUUAUUACAUUAAUUGAAUGCUAUUUUGAUUGACAGUUAAUUGUGUCAAUUAAAAAAAAUGUCAAAAUGACCCGAUUCUUGCAUCUCAAAUGUAAAUAUCACUGUUUUCACACCUUUAUGAGUGAGAAAUAAAUUCUUUAGUCAGAAAAAAAAAAUUCGUCAUUUUUUGAAUUUUAUUUUCUUUUUUUUUUUACUAUUACUAACCUUCAUUUCAAACAAUCUAAGCUAUUUUCGGUCAUCUCAUAGCAUUCUUUAAUUACUGAUCCUGUUUCAGAGAGAAAUGUUGCACACUUUAACUUUAAAUAGUGACUACAGUCUUAACUCAAGACUGUAGUCACUAGUUACAGUUCAGUUUUACAUAGGAACCAGUUUAUGGUCAGCUCAUGACUAUGACACACUAUCACAAACUGAUCAACCUAAUGAAAGCACUCUUUUGUUCAAUUGUCUCUAUCAACAGUAGCAGAAUGGGUGCAGUCCAGUCCAAGGAAGGAGGAUAGAGGAGGAGUUUGGAAAGUAAACAUCCUUCAUCUUACCUCAUGCUCAAAAAGGUGGGGUCCUGUUUGGGUGUGAGUUGAAUGCAUUUAGUCAUAAUGCCUGUGUAGUAUGAUCUCAAUGAAAGGGUGGAGACAAAGAGAGAGAAGAGAAAGAGUCCGCCUCUAAAAUUAGCUCAAUUUUUCUCAAUAAAACUCAGGUAGAGAUCAAGAAUAGCAUCUGGUUAAGGCAGAAUAGCAAGUACGACUGGAAUCUGCUCAUGUGCCGAGCUCCAACAAGUCAGCUGCACCAAAUCCAGCACAGCAAGGUGUUAUUAGCCACUCAGAGCAAGGCAGGCCACAGGUGUGUACACACAGAUGUUGUUUCAGCCUUUAUCUGAUACAAAAGUAAUUGAAGCAUCUCUUGAGAUGAUUCUGUUACUACAAAAACAUCCAUAAAAAAAGAGGAAAUCUACAUCAGACUUGAGGACAAAUGCUGGGACUGUCAAUGCUUCAAAAGGUAUAGUGUUGAUUUUAUCAAUAAAUCAAAAAUCAAAAGCAUAAGAGCUCUGUACAUUUAGUUAUUUUCAGCCAAGAACUUGUUGAGCCAGUGAGUUUUUAUAUUUUACCUUCCAUUAAAAGCAAGUAUGCCUUGUUUUAUAUUAAGAAGAAAUCUGACAAGGUUGCAGCCAUAUAAACUCAGAACAUGGUUACAUGCAAAGCAUACAACAUGAAAUACUGAAAAAUCCACUUUAAAAUCACAAGAAUGGAUAAUCCAGUCAAGUGGUCAAAUCCACAACACUGUUUUCCUUCUUUAUGGAGAUCACAAACUCAUUCGACUUGUGUUUUGUUGGUGUUAUGGCAAAAGCUGUCUUUCAUAGGAUGCAUGGUAUGAAAUGCAGUUUCUGUACUGUAGAUUAGUCCUUGUGUUUAAGAGGUGUGACAGCUGGACAUGUGCCACAUGUGAAUUUCACACCUACACUCCUCAGCAAUUUAGAGGGAUGUAGCUACCGGUUACCUGAGCUGACACAAACAAGUGUUCAGAGUUUUGCUGAGAGUUUACCCAGAAUCACUUUGUAUCAGCAAGUGCAACAGUGUUACUCACCAGUAAAGGGUCCCUGGACACCAACCACACUUGACAACAGGGGUUUCAAAACAUGGUUUACUUUUGGUUAUUCCAAAUGACAUGUUUUAUUCAUUAUUAUAGAAAUAUAAUCAGAAAUAUCAGCUGAAUGUUAAAUUAAACCAUGUAGAUAAAAGAUGUGUCAGCAGAUUUGAGCUUUUCUUUGUUGCCACUUGACCUCUGAGGUGAUUAUGACUGAUAAAUGUAAUCAUCAUGUUUAUUUAAAGCAGCAGAGGAGGAGGGUAAAUAAAGUACAUCAGGCUAUUUAAGCUUGCAUUACACACAGAGAUUUACACAAACAUCACUUGAGCGUCUGCUUAUUGAACAUUAUAUGUCCGAUUCAUGUUCAUACACAGAAAGCCCAAGCAGGGAGCGCAGCUGUGAUGAUUCCCAGCAUACAGAGCAGACGGCAGCGAUGAUGCAUACGAGACUGGUCAAAUAAGACACAGCAUUAAAAGGAGGAGCUGAGGCGAAGAUGAGUUGUAAAGCAGAGGAGCAAAAGAAAUUAUUUUAGAUUUGCUAAUUUGAUACACUGAGCUGUCAGUCUACAUUUGUUGGUAUUAGGAUCAGCUUCUGUUGGAUGGGCUGAGCUUGACUUUGCUUCCUGUCUAAACAAACACCAUGCAGAACUUUAAGAUUGGCCCAUCAGUGCUCGCCUGACUGUGAGCAGUUAACCACCUCAGGUGCUUGUGAGGAUUGUGAGUCAUUGGCACCAUUAUUUUGGGGGUUGCAGGUUGAAGCUUUAGAUACAUAAAAAGCAUUUGUUUAAGGGUUAGGGUUAGGAGUGUGUUGAGGUCAGGAAAAUCAAAGUAUUAUUAGACAUUGUUUUUUCAAAUCUCAUUUUAUUCACAAUAUGCCAUAGUUUUCAUCGUCAGUUUUCAUUGUUUUUCUCUGUCUCUGGAUCACCUUUCCUGCUCCGUCUCUGUCCCUUUGUUCCCAGGUCCCCCUCUCUUCAUCACUCUCCACCCUCAGGUGAAGACAGAAAGGGAGGUUUGGAUGCAGGUUUUGUGUCUGCUGCUGUGCCUUGGCACGGCGGGGGCACUUGCUUUACUGCACAACAACCAAGUGGCCCAGCAGGCCAUCAAGCUUUAUCGAAGCAAAGGGACUCCUCAGGGCCACAGCUGGGUGCCAGGCAACUGUAAGCAGCUGGUUGGUCUCCUGCGUCAGAAGAAUGUGGUGGUCAAGAAACUGGCAGCUGCUGCUGCCGCUGUGGGAAAAGACCAGAGCCUUUCAGAACCGGAGAGGCACUUCCAGGUACUAAACUGAGAAUGAGAUGAAACAGUGGGUCCAUUUAAUACCUGUACGGUAAAGGUCACUCUUGGACAGCACAAAGUGUGUGAGACAUGAUUCCUGCAGCUCCUCAGGGUGGUGUUCUUGUCUUUUCAGUCUUAGGUCUUUGAGUACAAUGGCUGGUCAUUGGUACAUUUUGUAUGUCAAACUCACAGUUCAGGUCUCACUUCAAGAGAAAGAUGCCCUAUUAAGAUAAAUAGAGCACACUUUUCACAUGUUAUUUUUAGUUCAUUUUCAUUUUUCAUUUUCAUACUUUAUUUCGUUAAGUUAAUAUUUAAAACAUUCAAUACAAACAAGGAAAAAUCUCAAACGUGAAUAAAAAGGAGAAGAGAGAAGAAAACUCUUAUAGAGUCUGACCUCUUUCAUAUGAUAUUAAUCAACCAACAUGCCUUUUUACAGUUCAUUUCUUAUUUUCAAAAACAACCCACAAAACAAACAGAAAAGACCACGUUAAUUCACAUUUUUUUCAUAAAACAAACAUACCAAGACUUAGAUUAACAUAUUUCUUAGAUUAACACAGUAAUAGUUAUGUCAGUUCCUGUGAAGUUUUUGAAAAUAUCAGGUAAGUUGUACAAAUUAAAUGAUCUGGAUAAUGUUUUUCAUCCAAUCUCUGAAAGAAGUAUGACCUGUCUCAUAAAGUCUUUCAAAAUCAUAAUUCUGGAGCUUCAGUAAAGCUGGUGCCAGAUUUUUAAAGAUGUGAUGUCUGAGUCAUAUUUCUCUCUCACUCUCUGUGUUUGUGUUCAGGUUCACACUCUGGAGGUUUUUCAGAAAGAGCUGAAUGAGAGUGAGCACCUGGUGUUUCAAGCAGUUCAGAGCCUGCAGAGGGCACUGCAGGGAGACUACAGGGAUGUUGUCAACAUGAAAGAGAGCAGCAGACAAAGGCUGGAGGCUCUCAGGGAGGCAGCCAUAAAGGUGAGAGCUUUGUGUUCUCAGUCCCAAAGUCCCCAAAAGCCUGAACACUGAGGCUUCAUAGAAUCCAAGGGUGUCAGACAUGCAGUGUGUGUCCUCAGCGACUUCUGUCUUUAUUAAAAACGACUGCCGUUGUGUUUGGCGACUCUGUUCUGUUACAUACUAAUAAACAAAUACAAUUAUGAUGUAGGCUUCCCGGCAAAAAUCAAAAGAUUGGGUUCACAGUUAUAAUUUUUUGAUACUUAAACAAAAAAGAAAGUUAUCUAUGAAUGUGAAAGAAAUCAUAUAAAAAAGUUAUUGAGCUACAUUUUGUAAUUACAAAUGAACUCAUUUUAUGCUUGCUUCACUCAGAUGUUUUUCUGUUCAGACUGGUCCGACUGGAUAACAUUUGCUAACACUAAGUCAAGAGCUGGACAGGGUGGUAGUGGUAUCCCUCAUAUCAUCAGGCUUGCAGUGAAUGAAGUUUGCAAAAAUUCAAACACAUAAAAAGUGUCUAAUUUGGUGUUGUAAUCUUUGCAACUGAAAGUUCAUUCAUCAUAUAAUGUGACUGUGGGACAGUCCUGAACGCACACAAAUGCGUCUUAAAAUUUGAGUCUAUUAGUUUGGAGUUUGAGAUCGGGUCAUGGGGUGUCAUGGGGUAUUCCUUCCUGGGAGUUCAGGAGAGAGGGAGUUUACUCAGUCACUGUGCUUCAAAACAAAGCAGAGUGAUAUAUCUGUGAAUUAUGUCUAUUAUGUACAGAGAGACAAAAAUCAAGAAUACUGAGUGAUACCCCAAGAUGAUAAUUAAAUCAUAUUUUGACAGGAGUAACAGGGCUGCAUCAAACAGUUAAUGUCACAAUUUACUGAUGAAAAGAUAGAUGUAUGACAUAUUGAUUGGAUGUUUUAUGUACUGUGUACUGAAUUCAUGUAAGUUUGAAGUGGAGGUUUUUUCUUGGCACUUGAGCCAUUGUUUCUCCAUCUUUGCUCAUUUAUUACAGUGGGAUCUACAUGAUAAUGUGUCUAUUAGGGCUGUAAUCAACCAAAAAAAUUCUUGGUCGACUAAAACCCUGAAAUUUUCUACAAAAAAUUGACUAAUGGGGGGAUGAUGCAGCUCGGCGGGGUAAAAAUAUUCAGAUAUCAGCACAAGACGGCAAUAAACACAAGUAUCAUAUUCAGCAAGCCACCAGACGUUGAUUAACAUGGAGGCCAUUCAAUCUUCUUGUCUCCAGCCGGUCUCCAGUGGGUUGGGUGAAUCCUAAAUGGUGAAAACAAGGGAGGGGGGUUCUGAGACAGGCUGUUAACUGUGAAACGGGGGUGCUCUGAAAACACCCCCAUUAGCACUUGGUACGUUCCUCAUGAUGAAAUUAACCAUAGACUGUAAAUUGACCCAGCGCAUGUUGACCAAUAAGUCGACCAGUUAACUAGAACUUUACGGCCCUUGUGUCUAUGUUACUACCAAGUAAAGGUGAUGCAGUGGUUGUUUCAGUUCACAAUACAGUAUCAAUAUGCAAUUUGUAUAUGCUGGUAUGUAUAUGCAAUAUGUCCGAAAACUGUAAAUUAAGUCAGUUUUGCAUGAUUUCAGACUCACUUUUGAAAGUUGUAUUCCAACCAUACUCCCAUAAAUCUUAGAGUAAUGUCAUGUCGUUGAUGCAUUAUAUCUGGUGAAAGUACUGCCUGUUCAGUGUGUGUCUCUAGUUUGAAUGUGUUUUACAAGCUUGUCUUUUGGGUUCGACUCCCACAGGAGGAGCAGGAGUACGUGGAGCUGGUGGCUGCUGAGAAGCACCAGCAGGAAGCUUUAAAGAGCGCUUUAGCCCAGAAUAAGACACUUUCCAUGCUAGAUGAGAUCCUAGAGGAUGUCAGGAAGGCUGCAGACCGUCUGGAAGAGGUGAUCGAGGAGCACGCCUUUGAUAACAACAAACAGGUCAGCAAACAAGGCAUGUGGUACAGUGAAGCACUGAAAGGAAGUGUCAAAUAGGUCCCCACCUGAAUACUUUCUGUUGUGUAGAUGAAAGGUGUCAAUGUAGAGGCAGUGUUGAGAGUGGAGGAUGAGGAGAAGAGCGGAAAGAGGAAGAACAAGUCCCAGCUGAAGGAAGUGGAAGAUGACCUGGGGUUGAGCAUGCUUAUCGACUCGCAGAACAACCAGUAUGUUCUUACCAAACCACGAGACUCCACCAUGCCCCGAGCAGACCAUCACUUUAUCAAGGUCAGUUUGUACCUCACACUCAGGCACAUUUCUACAGUUCACAGAUUUGACAUGUUACAGAAAGUUAAACUUUACGAACAUUUGAGCACUCUUCAUCAUCAUGUCCCUGCAGGACCUGGUGUCGGUGGUGAUGUUGUCCCUGCCUUGCGGCUGGAUUUGUACUCUGGUUGGCCUUCCUCCCAUGUUUGGAUACAUCAUCUGUGGGGUGUUACUUGGUCCUUCAUGCCUUAACAGCAUCAAGGUGUGUUUAUAUCUGUCAGGAGUUAGCAUGUCUUGAACAACAUCAUCACAUUAUCUAUGAACGUUAAUUGUUUUUCAUGUUGGUGUCCUGCAGUCGAUGGUCCAGGUGGAGACUCUGGGUGAGCUUGGUGUUUUCUUCACCCUCUUUGUGGUGGGAUUGGAAUUCUCACCUGAGCGUCUUCAAAAGGUAAACAAGAGGGGCUUAAAUUUAAUUGGACUUUAAUUUAAAUACCUCUAAUGUACGCUAAAUACGCUGUAAAUAUUUUUUAAACAUUGCCGCCCUUUUUCUUUUCAUUCCUGGAGCUCGACACACAUCUUUAUCAUUCAUCCCACUAAUGAAGAAUCUUUAAUUAGAUCAAACCUGUGUGUGGACACUUUAAGUCGUAAAAUAUGCUAAUACAGUGUGGAAUACGUUAGCAGUGUGUACUUAGGUGUUUGUUGUUUUGUGUGUGUGUGUGUGUGUGUGCAGGUAUGGAAGACCUCAGUUCAGGGAUCGUGUUACCUGAGUCUGCUGAUGGUGGGGUCUGGUUUGGUGUGGGGACAAGUCCUGCAUAUCCGGCACACCCAGACUGUCUUCAUUUCCACAUGUCUCUCUUUGUCCAGUACUCCACUCGUGUCCCGCUUCCUCGCAGGAGGGAGCAGAGGGGAAAAAGAAGGUAUGUAGGUAUGUUUGUGCACUCAGAAUCGUGAUUGUUCAUCAUAGUGUUUUCAUACGGUUAAAAUUAAGAUACGACUGCAUGUUAUUAUAGAGUAAAUGGAGUAAUAAGGUCAAAAGACAAAUUCUCUGUUAUAUAUGUGCGUGCUUGUGUGUGACAGGUGAUCUGGACUACAGCUCUGUUCUCCUCGGGAUGUUAGUGAUGCAAGAUGUUCAGCUUGGUCUCUUCAUCGCUGUCAUGCCCACUCUGAUCCAAGCUCAGGGUGGUGACUUGGACAGGUAAAUCAAAAACAGACACACACAGACACACAAAUACAAACAGCGCUUUUAAAAAUCUGCUGUUCUCUUUGUGAUUCACAGCCUCCUUCUUGGAAGUCUCCGCGUGUUAUACCUGCUGGCUCAGGUCAUAGCCUCUCUUGCUGCCGUGCUGCUGCUCUGUCUGUUCAUUAAAUCCGUCCUGAUUGGCCCGUACUACAAGAAGCUGCACACUGAGAGCAAAGGGAACAAGGAGAUCCUAGUUCUUGGCAUGGCAGCUUUUGUCUUUUUCAUGCUGACGGUACGCACAAGAACUGAGGGGGGACAUUUCUCUUUCACUAUUCUGACAAGGAAGCUAUCCGAAUUGAUUUUUCUUGCUCUGAUUGAUUCUACAGGUGACAGAUUUUCUAGAUGUGUCGAUGGAGCUGGGUUGUUUCGUAGCUGGGGCUCUGCUGUCCACUCAGGGUCACAUGGUCACUGCUGAGGUCAUGGGAUGCAUCGAGCCCAUCAGAGAUUUCCUCACCAUCAUCUUCUUUGCUUCAAUCGGUGAGACCAAAAAUGACAGCAUGACGAAUCCAAACAGUUCAAUGUAGCGCCCUGAUGCCACGCCACAAUGAACAGUUACACUCCUCUAAAUCUGACUUUUCUUUAUUUCUCUAAAGGUUUCCAUGUUUUCCCGACAUUUGUGCUGUAUGAGCUCACCAUCCUGCUGGUCCUGACGCUCACUCUCGUCAUUAUGAAGGUACAGCAGUCCUCUUUUGUUUAUUAAUUUCCACAUUCCGCAGUCUCUAAAUCUGACCCAUCCUUUCCUCCCAGUUUGUGAUGGCCGUACUGGUGCUGUCAGUGAUUUUGCCUCCAGGCUCUCGACACAUACGCUGGGUCGUCUCAGCCGGUUUGGCACAGGUCAGCGAGUUCUCCUUCGUCCUGGGUAGCCGGGCACGUCGAGCUGGCAUCAUCUCAAGAGAGGUUAGCGUUGAAAGAUUACAGAGGUUUUAAUUUGUAAUUUGCUGCCUCAUUGAACCCCUUUGAACCAUAUUUCCUAUAUAGGUCAACCAAAAGAUAGAAAAAGCUAAUUUUUCUAUAUGAGAUGUGUCUAAAACUCAUAUAUUUCUGUCUCUCUCUGGGCUCAGGUGUACCUGCUGGUCCUCAGUGUCACCACACUCAGUUUGCUGCUGGCACCGGUGCUGUGGAGAGUCACCACACACAGAUUGGUUCCCCGGGCCGAACGCAGAACAGUCACAAUCACUCACGCUGGAUCUAAACACAGCAAACAGACAUUUGUGAAUCAGUCUACCUGAUUCAUUCUUUUCUAAAGAUGCUGAUUUGGUCACAGCUUUAAGGACAGUGAUUGUGGAUAACUUUGGUCGUCGUCGUUUUCUUCCGCUUCACCCGGGUCCGGGUCGCGGGGGCAGCAGCUUCAGGAGGGAAGCCCAGACGGCCCUCACCCCGGCCACUUCCGCCAGCUUCUCCGGGGGGAUUCCCAGGCGCUCCCAGGCCAGGCGAGCGAUAUAAUCCCUCCACCUGGUCCUGGGCCGGACACGAGGUCUCCUCCUGGUGCGACAGAAGGCAUCCUAACCAGAUGCCCGAGCCACCUCAGCUGACUCCUCUCGACGUGAAGGAGCAGCGGUUCUACUCUGAGCGCCUCCCAAGUGUCCGAGCUCCUUGCCCUAUCUCUAAGGCUGAGCCCAGCCACCCUGCGAAGGAAUACCAUUUCGGCCGCUUGAUGUUAUCAUCAAGGUGAUCGUUUGUUCAAAUCACCUUCAGUUGGUGCAGAUUUUGAAGGUCUGAGACUUUAGAAAAAAGUGACGUCAAAAUAACAGAAAGAUGAAAAAACACAACCUUAUUUCCUGUCCCAAAUCCAACCGUCUUAAGUCUUUCCAGUCUGCUCCAAAAACACUUCAAAUGAUCUGUGCUUUCUCUGUUUGCUGAAUAUUUGUAUAUAUAUGUGAUCGGUGGAUAUUUCUGUCUGCUUCUGUUGGAUCAGUGUGUUUUUAUAAUGACACUUUUGGUACAUCAGCAUGUUGUUAUGAGCUUUUCAAUCACUGUAAUAAUAAUCACAUUCAUUAGUCAGACUGUUUUUAUGUUUCUGACUCAGCUGAGAUUGUGAUGAAUUUUUUGAUUGUGGGGGAAAAAAAAUAAAAAAUCACUAAACUGUGAAACUGAAA